AGUCAGUCAAGAUCCCUGGGAAUUGCAUGAGGAGGUCUGUGAUGUAAUAUUCUGAUCAGCCAUAAAUAAGAAAACGUUUCUAACAUUUUAUCAAAUUAUGUGUGUGUUGGGACCUGCACAUGGUUCUGACAUGAGAGCAGCCUAAAUUGCACUAACAAAGGAAAGUGCAUCGACCCUAAUGUCCAGUAGAUGUUUUUUUGUUUGUAUAGUGUAUGUAUAUUUUUAAAAUUACAAACAUUCAAAAAAAAAAUAUGUGUAAAUAUUAAUCUUUAUUGGGUAAGGGAGAGCUGAGGAGUGAGCAAAUAAAAACACAAGUUUGGAAUGUGUGUACAGUUUGUUUUCUGUUUAGGGUGCAUUCGUAAUUCGUGACGUCAUUGACGCACAACGUGACGCUUCAGGAAAAAAUCACAGACGUACUGCCCUGUCUGCGGGAAGUAGGAGUGGGAUAAACAGGCGAUGUUUAGCGGGUUAAACCUUUAAAAAAAAAAAAAGAAAAGAAAAGAAAAGAAAAGAAAGAAAGAAAGAAAAAAAUACGUGUUAACACGCUAAUUUUGGUGGAAAAAGCGGUGCAAUCGUCACACCAAGAGUUCUUGUGCGGAAGUAAAAAGUCGGAGCUUGUAGAGGUGUCAGUGAACGCCACAGCAGCAGCAGCCGCUCCAGUGGGCUGGGCUUCAGCCAGGAGGUCAUCACAAACAUGGCGUGGAGAGGAUGUGUAAUGAAAUGGGCCAAAACAGAGUUCAUCAGAUCCACCAACACUACCUCAAAAAGCCCCAGACUAAACCCUUGCAACCAACAGAGGUGCGGUUUCCGUCGGGAUGCCAAAAGGCCGGACACAAAGAAAGGAAAUGUCACCCAAGAAACAAACCCUCCACCCUCUGAGGCUGGCGCUCCGGGUCCCCCACCUCCUCCCAGAAUCCCCAGACCGUCACUUUUCAAACCGCUGAUGUUCACAGUAGGGUUUACAGGCUGCUCCUUUGGCGCUGCUGCCAUUCUGCAAUAUGAGACCCUGAAGUCGAGAGUUCAGUCUGCAAAAGAUGAAGAGGAGGAAGAAAAACUGUUACAGGGCUCCCAGGACAUGGCGUACUGGCACAACUGGUGGAACCAGCUGUCAGGCUUCCAACGCCAGCUCAUACUCGUGAUGUCCAUGGUGGAUGACUUCUGGAGCAACCUCACAGAAGGACAGAGGACUGUCACUGGAAUCAUUGCGGUAAAUGCUGUAGUCCUGUGUUGUUGGCGGAUCCCUGCCAUGCAAAGGAGCAUGAUUAAGUACUUUACAUCCAACCCAGCCUCCAAAACCCGAUACCUUCCCAUGGUGCUGUCGUCCUUCAGCCACUACUCCAUCAUCCACAUGGUGGCCAACAUGUAUGUCCUAUGGACAUUCUCUUCAGGAAUUGUCUCUCUCUUAGGGAAGGAGCAGUUUCUUGCAGUCUACAUGUCUGCCGGUGUCAUUUCCACUAUGGUUAGCUACAUGUGUAAAACAGCCACCGGACGUCUCUAUCCAUCAUUAGGAGCAUCAGGUGCCGUCAUGGCAGUGCUGGCCGCAGUCUGCACAAAGGUGCCAGAGGCCAAACUAGGCAUAAUCUUCCUCCCGAUGAUCACAUUCACCGCGGGAAAUGCUCUGAAAGCGCUCAUCGCCAUAGAUGCAGCAGGGCUUAUUCUGGGGUGGCGGAUGUUUGAUCACGCAGCUCACCUUGGCGGAGCCCUCUUUGGAGUAUGGUAUGUAGCAUAUGGCCACAAGAUGAUCUGGAGGAAAAGGGAGCCUCUUGUGAAGAUGUGGCACGACAUGCGUUCUCCAGGUGGCAGUGGAUCCAGACCAGGAGGUGGGCCUAGUGGACCUGGACCACAGUGAGACUCUGCAAGGUUUCUCAGGUCCUUUUUGUAAGAACUGGACUCCAGAGUUACCUCAGAAUAUGCAAGGACACUUUUUUUUACACCUAUAAUAAGCAGGGUGUUAUUGUUUAUUAAGAAAGUAUAGUUUUUCAUUCAAGGUUUGUAUUCAGCAUAAUCUGGUCUGUUUUUUUUUACAGCCAUGUAUAACUGCCAUGCCAGAAAAAGAAAAAAAUAUUCGGUAUGAUGUAGUGUGAAGGGUUCAGUUAUUACAAGAUAACAAGAUGUUUUCACAUUAUUUUACGACACACCAUCUUAUCACAAUAUAGAAAAUAACUUGUUAUAAUGAUAUACUGUUUAUCUUGAUAAAUGUUAAGAUGUAACAUUAAACAUUUUAUGUUAUUACAUUGUACUGAUGAAUUUUCUUUUUCUGUGGUGGCAGUAAUAACCUCCCAUAUGUUUUAAUGCUGAUACAAAUCAAUGAGUAAAUAAUAUACUGAACUCAACUGUAAACAGUCCUGUGGGCUGGUCUUAUGUUGCUAUUAAAAAUCUAUUGCAACAGUCGUGA